AUGAAGAACUGCAAGGCUGUAACUGCACCCAUUAUAAAGGACAAUGAUACAGCAGAAAGUCCUUGCAUCUCUGAAUUUCCAUACAGGCAAGCUGUUAGAGAACUGAUGUUUCUGAUAUGUGGGACAUGUGCUGACAUUGCAUAUGCUGUCAGUGUUGUAUCAAUAAAUCUUGAAAAACAAAGAGAUUGUGAUGUAGUGGAAGUUAAAAGAAUCUUACGAUAUAUGAGAAGCACAACAAAUUAUGGACUUAUAUACAAAAACAAUUCUAAGAAGCAGGUUUUAGAGUGUUAUAGUGAUGCUGACUAUAGUGGUGAUCUUGGCUCUGGGCGCUCAAUGUCAGGUAUUCUUUGUCUGUAUUCUGGGGCACCUGUCUCCUGGAUUAGUCAAAGACAAUCUUCUGUUGCCAUAUCCACAACUGAAGCCGAGGUUGUGGCUGCCAGCGAAGCUGCUUGGGAAGUUACCUGGAUCAUGAUGUUGCUGACAGAAUUGGAUCAAUUGGAGGGAACACCAGUUCUGUAG